UGUGUGCGCGCACCGUCCGCGCAACGCCGCGCGCCGGCCCUCCCAAAAACGCUACAAAAUAACCAUCAAACCAUAUAAUAAUCACCCAAAUAACACCUACAAUGUGAUCCUAUGUGCUCCUUAGUGCGUAUGAAGUAAUACCAAAAAAUAAUAACAAGUGUGUGAGUGAUAAUAAUAAAGAAUCCAAAGGUGGAAGAAUCCAGUGAUUAUGGAACAAUAUCUAAUGGAUAAAUCGGCGGUUACAGUGGCUAUUUGAUCGUGAAUCAAAUGUAAAGUGAUGAAACUGUGAAGUGCUAUCAACGUUGGCUUUUUUUUGCAAAUGACAGUGCAGUGUUACCAACCUAUUCACGCUGAUAUUUUUAGUUGUCAAACUGUCAGAGCUGUCAAUGUGAGCUGUCAAGCAUGCCGCGCCCGAGCUCCGCGCCGUACCGGCCUACUGUCAGGCACUUCCACAAUCAGCCCGAGCUGCAGAGAGGAGGCUUUGGUCUGAUGCUGAGGUGGAUCCUCUUUGUGUGGCUGGCCAGCUGCGGGCCGCUGGGGAAUACUGUGAAGCAAGAUGGUGGCUGCACGUUCCCCCCUCGCUGGCACGGGCGCUGGUUCCAGUCGGGGGUGAUCCAGCCCAUCAUCAUAGAAGGAGACCGCCUCUCCAACAAGGGGAAGUGCGUUUCUUCAGAGGGAGACAAGUUUCUGAUAGUGGACGAGAAAGGCUGUUAUCGCUGCGUCGUGAUGCAUGAAAAACAUCAGAAUGUCCUACAAUAUAAAGAAACGUUCUGCUACCGCCGAGACGCACUGCCUCACCUGUGCACCCUCAUCACGGGAGAUGCGCUCUUGUACUCGAUGUUUCGGGAGAAUGCAGACCCGGUGGACUGCCCUCUGAAGGGGCCCUUCUCCUUUACUUACAACAGGGGCCAUGGCGACUGCAAAAGCCCGGUGUCCUCGAUCGAGAGCUGCACUGAGGACUCGAGGCUACUCCUCAACUAUCAAGCCUGCCCUGACGUGCACGGUUCUGAGAGCACCGUGGAGGAACUGGAGUGCCUAGCAACGUGGAAGGAGGGCAGCCUGAGGUUCCUGGUGGGCAAACUGCACCACAACCACGCGACCAGCAACGAGGACCGCUACCGCUGCUUCGUCUACGAGAAGACAAAUGGUAUUGCAUCAGGAAGUGCAGCUAAAGAUGGCCCCAGCGCCCCUGGUGGCGUGGAGUACAGAGUGGCCCAAUCCGGUGACGCGACCUGCAACGGCCUGUUCAGCGCCACUGAAGGCUCCAGGACUAUGGCUUUGAAGCGAGUAUCAGUUCGCUUCAACUGCCAGUUCCCGUCCUGGAUGACGUUCUCGCACACGUGGCACACGCUAGACUUCAGCAGCAACUACACGUUCUACCAGCGGAACGCGACGCUACGGAUCAGCAACCAGACCGGUGCUGAUAUUAAAGUCUACUGUGUGAAUGUGAAGGCCAGCUCGCCCAGUGGAAACUCGGUGGCUUUGGUCGCGCAUUGGCAGCACCAUUGCGUGUCCCGCUACGUCUGCGUGGUGCUGUACCGGCGGGACACGUACAUAGCUGAGUUGCAGCGAGGCGCGCCCACCGCGAGACCCGACGAGGCGUGCUCGCCGCACCACUUCAAUGCCGUCACGGCGCCCUACGUCACGCUAGUUGCAAGCAAUCCAGAAUCGAAAGAGUGCCCUUACCCUGGAAAAUACAGCAUCCAGAAUAGCAGACAGCAACGCGAUGUGCGCUCCCUCGACAGGAUACACAGGAGCAAACGGGAGUCGAUCCUGGAACGUAGGGUUAACGGGACGAGACUGUUCAACUUUAACGUAAGGAACAUGUCGGAAGAGGCCAUCUUGAGAAGUCGGAGGCAGGCGGAGGAUUACGCGUGUUCAAGCAGCUAUAGCAGACUGGAGGUCGGCUGUAACUCCGCUAAGAAUAUGGAGUUCUAUUCCACUUGUGAGAAUAGGGAGUUAGUUACAGCGUAUACGUGCCACGGCGGCUGGUACGAGAAUGGCGUCUCAUUCGUAGUGACGACGCCGGUAACGCGCGACAGUACCGCAGCGCGGCGCUACUGCUUCGUGUCCCAAGACACGCGCGGGGGGGCGCUGGGUGUAGCGCGCUCGCCGAACAACUGCGAGAGAGGGGCGCAUCAGUCUAUGGUCUUCGACGCCACUGCUACUGGUGAAUGCCACGAUCAAAGCAACGGCCAGCCCCUAAUCAUAAUAUCAUUACCACUCGUAGUGUCCACCACGAUGAUCACCCUCCACUACAUCAUCCCGAGAUGAUUCCCAGCGCACGCCCCUAGCCCCACCCUGUAAUAUAGCUAUAUCUUAGGCCGACGUAGGAACAAAUGUAGAACAAACAAUUUUACUUCGUAAGUACCUCGUAAUUUAAUUUAAGUUGAUCGACUUGUUACAUUUUCUACAUUUAUUUCCAUGUAAAAUAUUUAAUA